AUUUUAUUACAUUUAUUUAAGACCCCUUGUCGCUAUUUUAUGUACUCAAUGUCAAUCUUUCAAGUCUGAAGUUACAAGCAACCACCGGUAGGAGGAGAGGUUGAGCUGACGUCAUCUUCUCGCGGUAACUGCAAGACAUCGCGUUGUUUGCCCGACAUUUCGUGCAGCCGCAGCAGCUCUAGUUUGCUAAGAGGAGAGCAGCCGAGACGCCCGUGCAUGAAUCAAACCUGAGUGUGUUAGUUGACAGAUUCCUCGGUUGUAGGCCUGUUGAUUAGCAGUCAGUAUGGCGGUAGUCAUCAGACUGCAAGGUCUGCCCAUUGUGGCCGGCACCAUGGACAUCAGGCACUUCUUCUCUGGCCUCACCAUCCCUGAUGGGGGAGUGCACAUCGUAGGUGGUGAACAUGGCGAGGCCUUCAUUGUCUUUGCGACUGAUGAGGAUGCUCGGCUGGGGAUGAUGCGGACAGGUGGGUCCAUUAAGGGCUCCAAAGUGUCAUUGUUGCUCAGCAGCAAGACGGAAAUGCAGAACAUGAUUGAGUUGAGCCGCCGCAGGUUUGAGGCCGGAGCGGGUCCCGCCGAGACUGCUCCACCGACAGCCGGAAACGCAAACCGCCAAGCUGCCGCCGCGCCCAUACCCGCGGUGCAGUCGGUAGCAGGUGGCAGAGGCGGUAGUCAUGGAAACCAGGGUUUCAGUAAUACGUCUGCCGUUACUGCAGCGAGCUCUUCUCAGGAGACCCAGAGUAACAAGGCUGUGGCCAGCCUGGCGAGCAUGGUGCCCAGCUUCCCCAACAGCUACAGCUCCGCCCCCGCCAUCACCACCGCACUGGCAUCUCUCAACGCCGGGCCCCCACCCAUGGCGCCGAUUCCCAGCAUGACCUCCAUGCCACCAAUGCCCACGUUGCCCACAAUUCCUGUUCCUCCUCCAGUAUCAUCGCUACCCCCUGUCCCUACCGUCGCCCAACUUCCCCAAGGCCCUCCUGUACCCCCGAUGUCCCAUCUUCACCACAUGUCCUCCCUGCCACCUUUCAACCCCUCCUUACCUCCGCCUGCAGGACUUGGCCCAGGCCUCCCCAUCGGUACCCCAAACCCUAUGUUGUUCAACCCCCUCUCCCCGCUUGCAUCUCUUGGCCUCCAGGCUCAUAUGAAAGCUGCCGCAGUCACAGCUGCUGGAGCAGGUGUCUCCAGUCCCGAUGAGAUGUUUGUCCUCUUGCAGAAUCUCCCAUUUUCCUGUUCAGAGAUGGAGGUCAGGGAGUUUUUCCGGGGUCUGGGCGUGGAUGGAGUGCGUUUGUUGCGAGACGCACAAAGUCGUCCAACCGGUCGAGCUAUGGUCAAGUUCUUCUCCCCGCAAGACAGCUUUGAGGCUGUGAAGCGGGGCGGCGGUAUGAUGGGGCAAAGGUUCAUUGAGAUCACACCAGGGUCCGAGAGACAGUGGGCCAGCCUUAAUAACAGCACUACGAUUCAGACUUCUCAAAAUAGCGGAAAACCAAACAUUGAAUCGCAGGACCAGCAUCACCGUCGUGGUAAUAUUGGCCUCGCUGGCAGGGAUCAACGAGGAAGAUCGAGAUCCCCGCAUCGCCAGGAGUUCUGUGUAUACCUGAAAGGCCUUCCUUAUGAGGCUGACAAAAAACAGAUUAAGGAAUUCUUCAAGAACCUGGCCAUUGUAGAGGACACCAUGUACAUUGCCUAUGGACCCAACGGACGAGCCACCGGAGAAGGUUUCCUGGAGUUCAAAACAGAACAGGAUUAUAAAACCGCACUGGGUGCUCACAUGCAGUACAUGGGCUCCCGUUUCAUUCAAGUACAUCCCAUCAGCUACAAGGGAAUGCUUGAAAAGAUAGACGCCAUUCGUAAACGGGAAGCGGCGCAGAGCGAUGGAAAGAAUCAGGAUACCCUAAGAACACCGAGGAACUGUGCACACAUCACGAACAUCCCGUACAAUAUCUCAAAGAAGGAUGUCCGCGCCUUCUUGGAGGGCAUUGGACUUUACGAAGACUCGCUAAAGGUUCUGACAGACAGUCACGGGAACGGUUUAGGGCAGGCUAUAUUCCAGCUUCAAACCGAAGAGGACGCUCGCAAAGCUGAAAGACUGCAUCGCCAGAAGCUCAAUGGCCGCGAUGCUUUUGUUCACUUGGUGACCUUUGAACAGAUGAAGGAAAUUGAGAGAAACCCUCCUCCGCAAAACAAGAGAGGCCAGAGGAACCAACAUCAGAACCAACAGAACCAGAAUCAGAGCCAGCAUCUGCAGGCUCAGCCAGUUCCGCAGCAGCCCCAGAUCAACCCGUUUGCUGCGAUUAGCGGAGAAGAAUUUAACUUUCUAAGAAACACCAUGGGAACCCUCAAUAGCGCCCCAUUUAUGACUCCAUUCCCUGCUCCGGGGAAUGGGCUCGCGGGGCCCCCUCCGCUCCCUCCAUUGGCAGCAGGACUCGGAGAAGUGAACUUGGCUGUUGCACCCCCUCUCGUCACCGGUCUUCCCGCAGCUCCAAUUCUGGAGCCACCCGGCUUUCGGCCAGGAGCUGUAGGGGGGGCGCCGUUCAGCCAGGAUGGGCUGAGAGGCUUGGUGCCCUUUGAUAAUACCAACAGAAAAGGAGUGGGAGGAGGACAGAACAGAGGGGGAGGGGCGAACAACAACACCACCAACACCACCCAAGGGCGUCAAGGAGCAGUAACCGCUGGUGGACAGCAAGCGUUCAACCCAGGCGCCGAGGUUCUCCAACCUGCCCCUGGAGGAGCCACCAACCCUAACGGUCAACGCGGUGCUGCCAGCCCGACAAUAGUAAAGCUCCAGAACAUGCCGUUCACCGUCACUGUAGACGAGAUCAUGGACUUUUUCUACGGUUACGAGGUCCUCCCCGGUUCGGUGUGUUUGCAGUUCAGCGAGAAAGGCCUGCCGACCGGCGAGGCCAUGGUUGCCUUCCAGAAUCACGAAGAGGCUGCGGCCGCUGUCAUGGACCUCAAUGACCGACCUAUCGGAGCUCGGAAAGUCAAAAUGAGUCUGGGUUAAAAUCCCGGUCGUAAGAAACUAACUGUAGAUACGUGUUAUCUCUGUGUCAACAACCCCUACACACAAAUAAUUUAUACCACGGCUUUGCCAUGCUGGUUAUCCUUUCUCGAUGUUGCUGAGGGGCGUGUGAUGAAAGCUCUUCCCAUCCCUGCGUGGGGAAGAAUCUGAUUUUUCCUGAUGAUGUUGCUAACGACGACAUUAGCAAAAUGUGUAGGCCCAAUACUGUGAUAACUUCAUAUUCAGAGCUGGGGAAAUGCUAUCAGCCUAACCUGUAUUGUUGCUAUGGCGUAAUAUUCAAAGCUGGAGAAAUACUGUCAGUCUAACCUGUACCGUCGCUAUGGUAACACUAACAUGUUUCUGUGUAAAUAUCCCUGUGUCCUCCGCUGUGGUUUCCCAUUGACACGCUCAUGUUGCUGUUGUGUGACGCUCAAAUGAAAGCUCUAAUGUUCUCAUUUGGAUGCUGCCGUUGCGUUGCCGUCACGCUCUGUUCCCGUAUGCUCGAGUGAUUAACUUUUAUGUUGAAACGUAAGCUUUUUGGCUUCUGUGAAAUGUUUGCUCUGUUUCUAUGCUUGUCUUUCAUGCCUCUGUUGCGAUGAUAACCAACUGUAUAUUGUCAAAUGUACCGCGCAACUGCUUUGGUGUAACGUUGACAUACAUGAAGUUGUGUUGAAGAUGCUCACCUUUUUACAGUGACAGUUGUGUCAUCGUGACAACCUUCCGACAACAGGCUCUGAUGCUAUGUAGUAUGAUUGACAGUUUGGGGUCUCCUGUUUUAUUACGUCAGCGAAGACGUUGAGUCACUGAAUUAUUUCUUUUUUUUUAUGUUGCUGUGGUUGGACCCGACUGAAACAUUUGUGCACACUUAAUGUACACAUAAAGUAAAUUACACAUGAAGUUUAGGUCUGCAGUAUGUUUUGGUAGCUUUUUUUUGUAUGUUUUUGAUUAAUAUUGCAGAUGUGUUCUCUUUUUAAAUAUCACUUUUGUUUAUGCUGUCAGUGUGAACACGUCUGUAUGAUGCUAUACAACAUACAUGCUGUGGUGUCCCCUUCCUUUUGGCUAAUAAAAAGGAUGUUCCUGAUGUACACCUGCUUGCCAUCGACUCUCUUGCAGCCUCCUCAUUGUCUUAGGAUGAACUCACCCCCGUUAUUGGCUUUCUUUUAUCUACUGGAGUCAAGCUGAUUGCUGUGUCUUCUGAUGUCGUAUAUUGAGCCUCCUGUAUGCACGGUGAAGUAAGAAGCAUUUGCAUGAAUCUUGUAAGAAUUUUCAUUCCUUCCUGUGGAGCUGUCCCCCCCUUCCGCCCCGUCAUGUAGGUGUAUGCUGACACUGAGAAGAAAAAUUAGAAAACUAAAUUAUGGAGAGGAUUGUUAUAAUUGUAAUAAUUGCCCAAAUUCAGACCUUUUUGUUAUUAUUCAUUCAUUUUCUACUGCUUUUUCCCUCACAAGGGUCGCAGGGGGUGCUUUAGCCUAUCCCAGCUGUUUUUGGGCGAGAGGCGGGGUACACCCUGGACUGGUGGCCAGCCAAUCACAGGGCACAUAUAGACAAACAACCAUUCACACUCACAUUCAUACCUGUCAAUUCAGUGAAUCCAUUAACCUAGCAUGUUUUUGGAAUGUGGGAGGAAACCGGAGAACGUGCAAACUCCACACAGAGAUGGCCGAGGGUGGAAUUGAACCCUGGUCUCCUAGCUGUGAGGUCUGCGCGCUAGCCACUCGUCCGCCGUGCCGCCCUUUUUUGUUAUUAAAAUAACACAAUUGUUCUUGUAAAACCCGUGGUAUACAAAUAUUUCAACUUUAUCCUUGUAAGUCUAUGAAAAUUCUCUACUUUUCUCUUUGUUGUGGCUUUCCUAGUCUGUUGCAUACAUGUACCUUUUUCUAAUCUUCAUCAGGCUGGAUAAGUUCAUUUAACACUUGGACACCACAAUGCGUGCGGCUAUAGGAUUGGUUCAUGAAUGUUAGGAUUCUUAUAGUCACUUUAAUGGGUUGCUGCUGGUGUGCAGCCUUGAAGUUAUUUUGGAUGGACCUUUGUCUCUCAGUUGAACAGUGAUGGGAGGUGAGAAUAUACUAUCAUAAAAUACCAGUUGUCAUAACAUAAAAUCUAUAUACUAAGUCAUACGUAUCAAGGUUAAAAAAAACGCAAUGACCACACGUUCUAGAAGUUCGAGUUAAUGUAAAUGCGAUGUCGGUUUUAGCUGCAACGAGGUAAACGUGUUAUUGCAGUGCAAUAAAACAUUCACUAUAUGAUGGGAGAUACCUUUUCACUUCUGAUCUGAUAUCAAUAUUGCAACCUUGAAUAUCAGCUGGUAUAUCAAUCCGAUAUCAGCAAGGAAAGUAAUGCAUUUUAAUUAAUUGCUGUUAAAGUUUCACUUCAAACCCCCAAGAUAUACAAUAAUCAAAAUUAAAAUAACAUAUCGAUAAUAAAAGCUUUUUUUGUUAUAACCAAAAGGAGCCAAAACAAGGAGGCUGAAGAGCCGUAUCCCCCUAUGGAGCUGCAGGUUGCUUGCCAUUGAUCUAGUCUAGGGUAUACUAGUUUUAUCCAUAAUGUAGUGGCGAGUAGGCAUAGCAACGUUCCAGGUGCUCAGUUAAAUAUUGACAGCCAACUUUACUUGCCACUGAUGAGCGCACAUUGCAUUGCAACUGUGGGUCUGAUGCAGUCCAGAUUUCCGUGUGCGCCACUCACAUUGACUCCAGUCGGUGGACACUGCAGUGAGAUCCGUUCCGGCUUGUAUACAGGAGGUUCUUGUAAACAUCCGUUUUUGCCUGCACAGCCGCAUUGUCAUAGAUUUUUGUCAUACAAAAUGCUGUGUUAUAUUUCCGACUUAAUGUGUAUGCAUUAAGUAUCCAGGCAAUAAAAGACAAUACAGUGUUAGACUAAUUUUAUUUUGAAAUGCACCAGUAGUUUCAACCUCGAAGCAUCAAACCUCCCAUUUGGCUCGCAAUAUUCCUGUCUGCUUGACCAGAAAGUGCUCCGGCAUCUGCAGCUUAUGGAAUAGAUGGUAUAUUGGUAUAGUAUAGUAUGGCAUCCGUAACCGGAGCUGCACCACGCUGGGCUAAUGUGAGCCUACAACUUGCUGAAUGCUUCCAGAGGCUGCAUCGGAGAUGUUCAGGAUUCAGUGCGAGUCUGGUGUAAUGCUUCAAAUGCACAAUGAGUUUGGUGGUAGUCAGCUUCCCCGGUUUUGUGCCACCAAGGGAAACUUGUACAUGACAUGCAAGUGUUGUACUCAGCUGAAAUGCCCUUUUCAGACUUUAAUGAAGCGUACACACGGUCGACAUCACUUCUACUCUAUGCUUAACACAUUAGCACAUGCUGUUGUUGAUUAUGUGGCCGUUGCUGGGUUUUAGAUGCAGGCUGAUAUAAUCUGAUACUUUUUUUGUUGCUUAUGUCAGCCUGAUGGCCUAAUAUUGGACCUGCACAUGCUUAAUUUGUUUACUAUCUGGUUGACCUGCUCUGUGGGAAAUGGUUAAAAUGCAUGAAGUGAUGAAAGUUCCCUGCAGAGACAUUCAAGAUGAGAGAACUUUCUGCUGACGGAAAGACACCGAGCAGCAUUGGAAAAUAGAAUAUGUCUGUAUAUAUGUGUAUAUAUUUAUAUAUUAUAUAUGCGUAUGUAUAUUUGUGUAUGUAUAUAUGCUGUGCCUCCUCUGAGUCAGACUCUGCAAUAGUAUUGUUGGCUCCAAAGUCUGUCCUUCAACAUAAAAGCAGAGAACUUACACAUGUUCAUUUUGCUUGUCAAUAGUUCUCAUGUGGAUUUGUUUUGGAGCUUUUUAGGCUCUUGACAUCUGUCAUCCCGUUAAUACAUUGUAUAAGUUGAAACCUGACACUUGAUUUAAACAGCCAAUAAAUUGUGCACAAAUGAUUCAAAAGUAUUGUGUGUAUGAUAUUUAGUGGACGUAUGUAGCUAAAUAUUGUAUAUACGAUGACGGUGGAAUCCGUCGUGGCAAUUAAACACAUUUGUUCAUGUAUUCUAAAUCUAGCAGUGUACUCUGGGAGUGUUUUGUAUGUUUGGCUCGGUCGUAAUGGUGCUCUUACUUUGAAUGGCAGAGGCCGGAAGUAACUGGGUGUCGACGACAGACAGUCCUUUUGCCCAAUCGGUGUUUGCUAUUCUUCAGCUUGCUGGCCAAUCAUAAUGAAGGCAUGCUGGCUGCUGCUUCCUUUUUGCUUCAGAGUCUGCGUCGCUUUGGUGUGACUGGAUAGUCAAAAAGGCGAUUAAUUUGGACUUUGGCAGGAUCGAAUAAAA